CAUAGUACAGGAGAUGACCAGAGACUGCAGACAUAGUACAGGAGAUGACCAGAGACUGCGGACAUAGUACAGGAGAUGACCAGAGACUGCAGACAUAGUACAGGAGAUGACCAGAGACUGCGGACAUACUACGGGAGAUUACCAGAGACUGCGGACAUACGGAGGGGGGGUGGAGUGGAUACCGGAUUUGACAGGUACCCGCUCCCACUUCCGUGGCGUUGUCCUUUCCCCCUCCCUCCCCGUAAUCUUCUGGGACAUGUGACAGGUCCCAGAAGACUACGGGGCCAUUCACAAAGCGCAGCGCUUCUCGCACAUGCGCAGUGGGCAUAUGGCUGGGAAGCUGCAAGCUGUCACAGCCAGGUGCCCAUGCCGCCACCGGGAGAGAAGACUGAGCACACUGCUGGACCGAGGAACAGG